AUGAAAAGCAUGAAGUCAAAUUUCCCAAUGCUCGGAGAUGACGUAGUAAAAAGUAGGCAUGACAGCGUGAAACCGCCAGCGUCAUCACAGUCUGGAGAUGCUGGCCUAGAUAUCAAAAUAAUUAAAUUGAAAACCCAAACAAUAAACGAAAUCGAAACCGAAACUAAUCCCAAUCAAAAAAGUACAGAGUUUGUACUUGAGCCUACACGGAAAUUUAAUUUGAUGAGGUUUAUAAAGUUCGGCCUGAUAUCAACGAUCAGCAUUUCGUUUGCUUCGUUCAUUGUUAUCAUCGUGCUGGCUAGAAUUGAUGCGUGCUAUGCUUACGAUCGAGUUUAUUACUGCAACGUAACGAAGAAAUGCCUACGGUCAAACCACAUCUGCAACAAAUUCGUCGACUGUCCAGGGGCCGAUUAUGAUUAUGAUGAAAAUAAUUGUGUCUGUGCCAAGGAGGAGUACAAAUGCAACGGAAGUAGAUGCAUAUCACGUGAUUUCCUUUGCGAUGACGUCAGAGAUUGUCCGCGCGGUGACGAUGAAAAAAACUGCGCCGCCACAGUCUGCGGACAAAGACAGUUGCAACGAAACAGCGCUACAACAUUUUCCAACACGUCACAUCCCUACUUUUCGAAUCCUAUUUCGGUCCCAAAAGAAUUUUGGCCCUGGUUUGCCAGCCUGUAUUUCAACGGAAGUUUAGUGUGUAGUGCAAUUGUCGUCAGUAGGUUGUCUGUUCUGGCCGGUGGUCACUGUGUUGAAAACAACACAAACAACGUCGUCUUUAUAAAAUUAAAAAAACCAAUUCUAUACAACCCUUCAAUCCAGCCGAUAUGUUUACCUGGAAACGGUAAUGAUGACGUCAUUAAAUCACGUGUUUGCGUGGCGAGUGACAGCGGGGGUCCAGUGAUGUGUGCGAAUGACCAGAAAAAAUGGACGAUUCACGGAUUUAUCGAUACAUUUGCCGACAAAAAUGAUUCGGCAAUAGUUAAGAGUUGCAGACUGAUUCUUGCCAUUAACGUUCAGCGACACGUGAAAUGGAUUGACAAGACUUGUCUGGCGUUCGACUAUCAGUACACGUGUAACCUAACUGGAGCUUGCCUGAGGCGCUACCAGAUCUGCAAUCGUUAUCAGGACUGCCCGGAUGAUUCCGACGAGUCUAAAUGUGAUUGUUCAACUAAAGAGUACAAAUGCAAUCUAGGUAGGUGCAUACCACGGCAGUACCUCUGCGAUCAAGUCCAGGAUUGUAAGGAUGGCGAUGAUGAGGAAGAACUACACUCAUGUAAAAAUGGAGUGCUGAAGAUUAUGUGUGAAAAUCAAGAUUGUGGGACUCGCAACUUCACGAGGUCGGCAAUGGAGAUGAACCUCACGAACCCUAGUCCCUAUAUUAUAAACGGGGUACGAUCAAACAGGGGGGCCUGGCCCUGGUACGCUGGCCUCUACUACAAGAAUUCACUCUACUGUGGGGGUAGUAUUAUCGUGAAAGUGGGAGGCUAUCCGGUACUGAGGAACAAAGAUUUGGGACUGGAAGUGGAUAAGGUAAGUAUUUUUAACAAUGCCAUGUUGGACGCCAGCGAUAAUCCCAAGGACGAUGUUGGCAUCAUACAAUUGAAAAAACCACUGAAAUAUAACUGGGAUAUCCAGCCGGUCUGCCUGAUUGAAACUUGGAUGAAGGAGCAAGCGAUGAAACUAUGCAUCGAUAUAGGACACGGAUUACUAUCCAGCACUCUACUCCAAGCCAGAAUGUCCAUUCAGCCAUUUUCAUUCUGUACGAGUUUCAGCGAGAAUCUAGAGCUUCAAGACACCGACAAACAACUUUGCCUGGGCGUUAAUAGGGGAGAGAAAAGUGAAUCUGGUUUAUGUUCCGGUGACAGUGGGGGCCCUCUGAUCUGCACCAUGGACCGUCAGGUGUGGUACGUCACGGGCAUAAAUAGUUACGUGCUUGGGAAGAAUAUCGACCUCGCCAAAUAUAAAUGCAUCAUCAGCAUCGUGUACCGAGUUAGGCCUUAUGUUAACUGGCUGAAGAGGUUCAUAGAGGAAGAGGAUUGA